AUGGAGAUUACUAAAGGCAGUGUAAUAGCAAUUGUGGUGGUUUUGUUUGUGUCGUGUAUGAGUCUGCAAGGCAAUGCAUAUUAUUACAAGCAAUGUAGCAGCCAAGGAAGUCGAUGCUAUGGACAGUACAUCAGAUGUCCAGCUGAGUGCCCCAGCAGUGAAUCAACAGAUCCUAAGGCUAAAGUUUGUCAAAUUGAUUGCGACAAACCUACAUGCAGAGGUGUUUGCAGAAGUCGCAAACCAAACUGCAAUGCACCAGGAUCAGGUUGUUUUGACCCCCGUUUCAUCGGUGGGGAUGGGAGAGUGCCAGCAGGUAGAGCCAGAGAUUACACAUGGAUUCAAGCCCUUGGAAUCCUCUUCAACUCCAAAACCUUCUCACUUGAAGCCCCCAAAACAUCCCAAUGGAAUGAAAAUGUCGACCAUCUCAAAUUCACAUACAACGGAAACCAUCUUGCUCUCCCCGAGGGCCCUCUUUCCACUUGGCGCUCUCCAGAAAAUGACGUGAAAGUGGAGAGAGUAGCUGCAAGGAACAGUAUCAUAGUGACACUAGAGGAUGUUGCCGAAAUUAUGGUGAAUGUGGUGCCAGUGACCAAAGAAGAUGAUGCGAUUCACAACUACCAAGUGCCUGAGGAUGAUUGCUUUGCUCACUUGGAAGUUCAAUUCAGGUUCUUUGGGUUGUCCUCUAAGGUGGAUGGUGUGCUUGGGAGGACUUAUAGGGAAGAUUUUGAGAACCCUGCAAAGGUUGGUGUGGCAAUGCCUGUUGUUGGAGGAGAGGACAAAUACAGGACUUCCUCCUUGCUUUCUCCAAACUGUGCUUCUUGUGUCUUCUCCAAACCUUCACAUCACAAAGAGGGCACUGAAGUGAGUGCAGAGUUAAUGGGCACCCUUGAUUGCUCCAAGUUUUCUUAUGGCUUGGGAAUCGUUUGCAAGAAGUGA